AAAAAAAGAGGGUAAAAAUUGGCUCCCGACUGGAAAGCGGCCGAAUCCAGAGAGUCGUUGGCGUACAACACAGCAUGGCCCCGAGGCGGGAAAACAAAAAUGAGCACAGGCGAAAAGUGUAAGAAAAACCCACAUUACGCACACUGGAGUCACUGUACAUAGACUGGUAUUAAGACUAUAAGUGGGGGUGAAGGUGCGUGAGAAAGAGAAAGCGCUAACAAUGAAGGAAGGCAGAGUAGGAGGAAAGGGCGGAGGAGGAGGAGGAGGAGGAGCACAGCCGUCGGUGGAUGAGCGUUACACUCAAUGGAAAUCACUCGUCCCUGUUCUCUACGAUUGGCUUGCCAAUCAUAACCUUGUUUGGCCCUCCCUCUCUUGCCGGUGGGGGCCACAACUGGAGCAAGCAACCUACAAGAAUCGGCAACGUCUCUACCUUUCUGAACAGACUGACGGUAGUGUUCCAAAUACACUUGUCAUUGCAAACUGUGAAGUUGUAAAGCCUCGGGUAGCAGCAGCUGAACACAUAUCACAGUUUAAUGAAGAAGCACGUUCACCAUUUGUAAAGAAGUUCAAGACCAUCAUACAUCCUGGAGAGGUAAACCGAAUUAGGGAGUUACCACAGAACAGUAAGAUUGUGGCCACACAUACUGAUAGUCCUGAUGUUCUCAUUUGGGAUGUUGAGUCUCAGCCUAAUCGUCAUGCUGUCUUGGGAGCCUCAGAAUCUCGUCCGGACUUGAUACUCACUGGCCAUCAGGACAAUGCAGAAUUUGCACUUGCCAUGUGUCAGACAGAGCCUUUUGUCCUCUCUGGAGGGAAAGACAAGUCAGUUGUUUUAUGGAGCAUUCAUGACCAUAUCUCCUCUUUGGCAGCUGAUCAAAGUGCUACAAAAUCUCCAGGAUCUGGAGCUGCGAACACUAAGCAGUCAAAGCUUGGAGUUGAUGAUAAACGUGUUGAUGGUCCUCGUGUCCAUGCUCGAGGUGUUUUCCAAGGACACGAGGAUACUGUUGAAGAUGUUCAGUUUUGCCCCUCAAGUGUUGGUGAUGAUUCAUGCCUCAUACUCUGGGAUGCAAGAAGUGGUUCAGCUCCUGUUACUAAGCCAAGGGUUUCAGGAGGUGACGUGGCACCAAAGGAUGUAGUUUUGUUGAACAGAACCAAAUAUGCUUGGGUUCUUUCGGGUUUUAGCUUUACCUGGGGCAGUUUGAAGAAAAAAUUAUCAUCAUCAAGAUUAUAGGUUUUAUGGGUUUUGGCAUAUUUUGAUGAAAGUUUUAGUUACUGUAUGG